AGCAGCACUUUUACUACUGAAGGGCUGACAGCUGCUACAGACAGGCUGAUUGUCCUGACCUCAAUAUGGGGGUUCCGCUGAAAAGUGCCCUGAUUCUGACAAGCCUUCUGGUUAUUGUGUCUGCCGCUGUCAACAACACUUGCCCCCCCAGCUCUGUUAAUGAAACAGUGCUGUGUUCCAACGUCAACAGAACAAUUUCAAACGUUGCAGACGUUUGCCGAUGGACGUUCAAAGAGUAUGCCUGUACACCAGCGGCCAAUUUUAGUAACUUUACCCCUGAUCUCCUGCUGAAUAUGACUGCCUGUUCCAACAACAGUGCAAUGAUCAACGACAGUCUGUAUUCCAUCUUGUUUUUCUCAAAGCUGAGCAACAACAACUCAGUGGCCAUGCUCUCCAACCUCACUGGGCAGUUUGGGAAUGUAAGCCGAGAAUGGAAGUAUUUCUUCUUGGCAGGGAUCUGGCCCACUAUUAUACAGAACUUAAACAGCAGCGGCCCUGCUAAUGGACCCCCUCCUCAGUUGAUCCCAAAACAUGUUUGGCCGUUCCUGCCUUAUCUUAAUGCACCAAUGAUGCAGUGUCUGGUGGACAAGAAAGCGCCAUGUGAAAACAUCCAGGAAUUGGUGAAGAAUAUUGGUAUGGAAGACCCUGGUAUGACUAUCACCAAUGGGAAAGAGCUGUUUCCAAUCCUCAAGUCGUUGUUAAAUGUCCGUCAGAAUUCUUCAGGUAAUGCCUGUUCAAAGAACGUCAACUCCAGUAACUGGCUGGCAAACAACUUUGGGCAAUUUGCUCAGUUUGCGGACUACAAAGACUUUACUGAACUUAACCCUAACUUCACGGCUUUGGACGCAUUGACUAGCCUGACACUGCCGCAGCUGGCAACCUUCAGCCUGCAGCCAAAUGCAGCAAUUGAUGCUAAUGCCACUGGCCAGAUUAUGGGAGUACUGAAAAAUUCUACUGACCUCCAAAGCUUCCUAAAUAACUUCAAUUUAGCUGUGAACAACCUAAGCUCAAUUCCGCGCCCUCUAGCCCAGGGUCUGAUCAACAAAACUUUCCAGGUUUUGAUUCCAAACCUCUCAGCCUCCAAGAGCUCUGACUGGGCAGGGGUCUUCCAAGAUAACCUGAAAUUUGUUCUGCCUGAGAUCACAACUGACCAACUUAGGAUCUUACCCUCAAAUUUCUCUUGUGACUCCUUCCAAGCUGUAAUGAAAUCAAUGGACUUGGCCUUCAACCAACUGAAAAAUAUAAAACAAGAGGAUGUUUACAAAGUCGUCAUUCAACCUUAUCUCAAAAACAAUGGUUCAUCCUGCUCACAGAACGUCAAUACCAGCACCUGGGUCAUGCAGAACCUUGGGAAAUACAUGCAGUUUGCAGAGUACAAGGACUUGGUUGCCUUAAAUGCCAAUUUCAGUGCACUGGAUGUAUUGUCUAGCCUGACAGUUCCGCAGGUAGUGAACUUCAGCCUGGAGUCUGAUGCUGUAAACAACGCUAAUGCUGUGGGACAGAUAAUGGCACUAUUUUCGAACCCGGGAGAUGUCCAAAAUGUCCUGACUACUCUUAACUCAGCAGCUGCUCUAAAAAAUAUGAGCACCAUUCAGCGCCCUCUUGCUCAGGGUCUGAUCAACAAAACUUUCCAGGUUUUGGUCCCAAGUCUCUCGCCUUCCAACAGCUCUGAUUGGGCAGGGCUCUUCCAAGAUAAACUGAAGUUUGUUCUGCCUGAAAUCACAACAGACCAGCUCAAGCUUCUCCCCCAGAAUUUCUCUUGUGACUCCUUCCAAUCUGUAAUCAAAGCAAUGGACUCUUCCUUCAACCAACUGAAAAAUGCGAAACAAGAGGAUGUUUACAAAGUCGUCAUCCAAUCUUAUCUCAAAAAUAAUGGUUCAGUCUGCUCAAAGAAUGUCAACAGCAGCACCUGGAUCAAGUGGAACUUUGGGAAAUAUUCUCAAUUUGCUGAAUACAAGGACUUGGUUACCUUAAAUCCCAAUUUCAAUGGACUGGACGUGUUGUCUUUGCUCACAGUACCACAAGUGGCCAGCUUCAGUUUGGAAUCACCAGCUGGAACUAACCCUAACUCCGUAGGACAAAUUGUGGGAUUACUGCAAAAUACCAACGAUGCCUACAAUUUCUUGGCUCAGAUCAGUUCUGCUGCUGCAUUGAAAAAUAUGACCUCUGUUCCAUCUCCACUAGCUCAGGGGCUACUAAACAAAACCUUCCAGACUCUGGUUCCUCAAAUCAAUAAUUUGACCAGUUCUGACUGGUCAUCGCUUGUCCAUAAUCUGAGCCUUGUUCUGCCUGAAAUCUCUAAAGAUCAACUCAGCCUCAUCCCACAGAACAUCACUUGUGACUCUUUCCAAGUAGUAUUCAAUGGUUUGAACUCCGCUUACAAACAAAUGAAACCAGACAAACAGCAAGCUGCUUAUGGAUCCUUCAUCAAGCCCUAUCUGAAAAAUAAUGCUCAAGCACCAAAAUGCUACAACCAAAGUGAUCCCAACUCUGGAGUCUGGCUUUUGAACAACAUGGGCUACUUCUUGGCACAGUCUAGCCAGACAGAUCUGUUAACAUUUGCAAAUGAAACCAUACUGAAACAGUUUGCCAACAACCCGGCCACUGCCCAGUUUGCCAGCCAGCUCAACUUUGACAAGGACACUGCCAUUUACUUCACCACACUCAUGACCUCAGGUGGAAAUGCCAAUCUAAGCAGCAUCCCGCCUAGUUUCCUCUGCUUCCUGACACCAAAAGCUUUUGGCAAUAUGACUCCCGCUGAUGUUUUAGAAAUCUCCCAGAAAAUCAACAAGGCCUGUGCUAAAAACCAGACCCAAGGAGCUUCGGUCCAAACCACUGAGGAACUACAGGUCUCAAUUUCCCUUGUCAGCAAGCUGAACAACUUUACAGCUGACGCUCUCAAUAACCUGGGCCAAACUGCCGUCGGGCUCUCACAGUCCCAAAUCAGCAGCAUUAAGGACAGUGAUCUCAAGAAUGCCCUGCCCUCUCUCAGCAAUGUCAAUGGCUGGAAUUAUGGACAGUCAAAGUCAAUAAUGAAUAAGCUCCUCAAAUCCGGUUACCAGGUCACAAAUCUAGAAAGCUUGGGCAGCUUGGUGGUUGGGCUUCCAAGCCAGAAGCUUCUAGAUAUGGAUCCAAGUUUGAUUGUUAAUGCAUCCAAAAAUGCUCAGUUUGCAAGCCAGUUGUCCAGUGCUCCUUCUUCUCUGCAGACCAUAUUUGUUGCCAAGAUUCUAUCUGCAGAUCCCAAGCCAGAAAACUUUGUAAAAAUUGUUCCCAACGCCAUGGCCGUACUCAUUCCCAAAUCACGUCUUGUCUUCGUGCCCGUUCUGGAUGACAUUAAUAACAAAGCCUGGGCCCCAGAACAGGCCGCCAUGUUUUUUGAUAGUGUUGUGCCUGCACAAUCCGUCUUAUCCAAUAUUUCUGCCUCGGUUUUGCAAGGGUAUACCUGCGGCUCCAAUAACAUAAUGACUGCUUCCCAAGUCCAGUUGUUGGCCAAGGCUAUGAAGAUAAAAAAUGCCAGCCUGUCAGAAGACCAGUUGAACUGCCUAGCCAAGCCCAUCAUCAAAAUUAGCAGCGAUGCGGACAUGGACAGUUAUCCAAAAGAAAUAUUCCUGUUUGCCAGCCCUCCAAACAAAACGAACGCAACAGCCUGUAAAAAUUUCUAUACCAAUGUCGGUGCGGCAAACAUCAGCGUCCUUUCAGCCGAUUCCAAAAAGCAAAAGAAUUUACUGCCAAAUGCCUUAUCCUGUUUGAAUGUUACAGGGUUUGCCCUCACCAGUGACCAGAUCCAGGUACUUGGACAAUUAGCCUGCGACUUGAAUGGGACAUACAUUGAAAAUUCCGACAGCAGUGUAAUAACCCAGCUGCCCCAGUGCACGGCCUUCACUGAUGACCAAAAAACCUCCAUUAUUAAAGUGAUCGCUCAGGGGAAAUCACCAUAUGGGCAACCAUCCACUUGGUCAAAGUCAACACUGAUAUCUCUUAAGGGAAUCAUGAGCUUUGUUAACAUGGACAUCCUCUCGAAUAUUUCCAGAAAUGUCUUAGUAUCGUGGAUAAAAGAUACCUCUGACCUGAAAAGAAGUCAACUUGCAACUAUUGUGAAGACCUUAUAUCCCAAUAGGGCACGACGAGCAGCUAAUUGCACAAGUGGACAAAUAACAGCAGAUAACAUUAAGGAUAACAGUCUCCCACUGACUUACACUACUGAACAAUUAGAUGCUUGCUUAAAUGACACGGUACUAAAAGAUUUCCUGCAAGACCUCGGCAGCAAGCCUUUCACCAACAGUCAGCUGGGAAUACUAAAGAACCGACUGGACACGAUCUAUCCCGGUGGUUACCCAGAGGAAGUGAUUCCCACACUCGGCGCCAUCGCCAAUGUCUGUUCUGAAGCCGAUGUGGCCAAGUGGAACAUCACCUCUGUCGAUACCCUGGAGAGUUUGCUGAAGAAUGAUCUGUCCAGCAAUUUGGUUAAAGCAGUUAUUGAUAAAUUCAUUUCCGGAAACCCACUGAACACUUCUGCACUGAACGUCAUCGGCAGCCCAUACAUUUGCCUUCUGAAUAGCACCCAGCUGAGCGGCAUCACCCCAAGUGCCAUCGGAGAUGCCAAACCAUUAAACGUCAACCCAUGUAGUCAAACAGUGAAGGACCAGCUGUAUACUAAGGCCAAUACAUCAUUCCAGAGUAUGCUUGCCAACUCAUCUAUAUACUUUAACCUCAAGAAACCAUAUUUAGGCGGGGCACCAGCUACAGAUUUGCAAUACCUCGGCUCCAAAAAUGUUAGCAUGGACAUCGGAACGUUCGUGAAUUUAAAUGUAAACUCAGUGCUGGGUCUAUCAGUCAACGAUGUGAAAGGCCUACUUGGAAGCAACGUGGCUGAUCUAAAGACUCAGGAAAACAACACAGUUGUGAGCACAUGGGUCAAAUCUCAGAGUCAGUCAGCCCUGGACCUACUUAACAUUGGACUCUCUGGAGGAAGAGUUGAUGCUGCGACUACGACAGUGAGCCAGACCACUAAAAAAGUGAGUUCUUCUGCUGUAGCAGUUGUCCUUUCCCAUUCCUUGCUCAUCACUGGUCUGAUCGCCUUCCUCCUCUCCUAAGUUCCAGAACAUCAGAAAUCAUUCAGAACCUCAACUUGUGUUCUAAUAAGCAAAAUGAUGCGACUAAUGAAGAAUUUUACUUAUAAACUCACUGUCCUACCUCUACCAUCCUCUACCAUCUUUUGAAGCCGUUUCUACUAAAAAAAAAACAUGAGAGAAAUGCUUUUUUGACUCCAAAUGUGAUGACCUUUUCCAGAUUCUUGACCCAAUGAUAUAACGCUGUAUGAUUUGCUUCUGAAAAUUCUCUCAACAGUAUCUACCAUCCUAUACCCUGUAGGCAUCAAUAUAUGAAUAAAGAAAGUUAUCCAUAUG